ACAGAUUGUCGCUGGACUGGAGCUGCCCUGGACGGUUGGUUCUGUUCCACCGUCAUUAUUCAGUCACUUGCAUUCGAUCGGGCACCGCGAACGGUGGUUUGUUCUGGCCGAGGAUCUACCUACGUGAGCGAACUUUAAACGAACUUCAACUGUGCUUCAAAGUGUUCAAGUCUGGCGUGUGUGUGUGUGUACAGUGAAGUUCUUUAUCGUUGUACUAUUAAGUGCUACAAACAAAGAAGUGUACUAUUUAAAUCAAAUUAGAGAUGAAUCGAGCUGCGACAGUUAAUGAAGUGUCCAACGGACAGCAGCAGCAGCCGAAUAAAACAAAGCCAUCUGGCAAGCGGAUCAACGGAUUGAGCAGCUCGGUGCAGGAUAUUGCUGGCUAUGGUAGCUUCGAGAUGGUGCAGGAAAUCGCCACUUAUCUGCUGGACCGCACGCGAAUCCGUCCCCAGUGCGGAAUCAUAUGCGGCUCGGGACUGGGCUGCCUGGCCGAACAGCUGACCGACGUGGAUAGCUUCGACUACGAGACGAUCCCGCACUUCCCCGUCUCGACCGUACCCGGACACGUGGGGCGGCUCGUGUUCGGUUAUCUGGCCGGCGUGCCCGUCCUUUGUAUGCAGGGCCGGUUCCACUACUACGAGGGAUACUCGCUGGCGAAGUGUUCCAUGCCGGUGCGUGUAAUGCGGCUGGUCGGUUGUACACAUCUGAUCGCUACCAAUGCGGCCGGUGCCAUCAACAACAACUUUCACGUCGGAGACAUUAUGCUCAUCAAGGAUCACAUCAAUCUGAUGGGUUUCGCGGGAAACUGUCCACUGCUCGGCCCGAACGAUGAUCGGUUUGGGCCACGGUUUCUUGGGAUGGCAAAAGCGUACGAUCCCGGCAUGUUGCAGGUAGCGAAAGAUACCGCCAAGCAUGUUCCCGGGCUGGGCAGUAUCUUACGGGAAGGAGUCUAUUGUUGUGUCGGUGGACCUAACUUCGAGACGGUGGCCGAGGGACGGUUGCUCUCGUUGCUCGGUGUUGAUGCGAUCGGGAUGUCAACCGUGCACGAGAUCAUCACGGCCCGGCACUGCGGCAUGACGUGCUUCGCCUUCAGCCUCAUCACCAACAUGUGCACGAUGAGCUACGAGGAGGAGGAAGAACACUGCCACGAAACGUUUGUGGACGUGGGGCGUCAGCUGGAGGGACGGAUCUGUGAGCUGGUUACGCGUGUUGUCGGCACCAUCCGAUCGGAGGCUAAUGGACGAAAGAAGGAAUAGUUCUACUACUAAGCCGCCAUGUUAUGUAUCACACCAAACGAAUAAAUCUACUACUACACCAUCGAUCGUUCCAUUUAACUACCAUUCGUGUUUGUUUGUUUAUUGUUGCCGUUUUUUUAUAUGGUUUUGCUUUCUUAUGUGUGUGUGUGGAUGAUGAUUUUUGAAUUAAUUUUAUCAUUGGGGGUUUACAAUGCACAUCAACUUUCGCUCCUGAUCAUCGCAAUGCGUAUCCAUGCCGUCCAUUUUGUUUUACGAGUAGUAUGUAUAUGCUUCCGUUUAUUUAUCUUCUUUACCCAUAUUAAUACUUAUGUGUUUUCAUGUUUAUCUGCUUUUCCUUUGUUUCGUUUUGAUGGAACCACUUCCCCACAAACUUCAAUCCUCCGGCACCAUCAACAUCAUCCGAUCCGAUCCGAUUGAGCAACGGUUGUACUUACGUUCACCGCCAUUUUCUUUUGGUUUCUACUGGUUUUCUUUAUAUCAUUUUAUAUAUUCGAUUCAUUUUGUGUGUACAAUCAUUUAGUUCCAUUUGGUUUGGUGCAUUUCCAUUGGCUAGGCGCUCGCUCGCUGCAAACUGCAGGGAACGAUUAGCACAGCUGACGAUGUUAGGCUUUUCUCAUUCGCAUUUGUUCUACUUCACGCGUUCAUGUAUGAUAAUUUUAACUUUCCUUUCUAGAGAUAGCGUAAUGGUAGAGAGUUGAAGUAAGAAAAGGGUAAAAAGGUGUGUUCAUGUGUUGGGUUUUUCUUAAAUUUCUUAAAAUGUGUACUUGAAAGAGGCAUCUUCCAAUUCGGCUCGUCGACUUUUGUUCCAUUGAUUAUAUUGGCCCUCCUCCCUUAAAUUCACUUAAUAUCAAAUGAGCAUUUUAUCUGUUUCUGUGUAGAUAUUGGUUCUGGGAUAUUUUCAUUGCCUUUCCAGCUUCUUUUUUUUUUCUUCAAAAAACAAACACGUGGGAAGAUCUCAUACAAUGUGUGUGUGUGUGGUUCUGCUGCUGUGGAGCAAAAAUGUGUGUUCAAAACGGACAACUCCGACGUACAAAAAUUGGACAACUUGGUUUUUGAGGGGUUUAUCAUUUGGUUUGCUUUUGCAUCUCUCGUUCUGUUUCGAUUCGACAUCUAAUAGUUGUAUCGGUUCCGCUGGCUUCCCUAUUUCGGUUGCCAUCCCUGUCGAGCCCGACGAAGUGUUGCUUCUGUAUGGGUGUAGUUUAUCAUCAUGGUAUGUUUAAAUUUUGGCGGUGGAUUUAAAGUUCUACAUUUUAUAAGAAUUUGUUCUUUGACUUUUUCGCAUAAUUUGUUCACUUAUAAAUGACCACGGAUGAACGUUGCGUCAGCCUUUGCUUCACCUAUCAGGGACGCGAAAUCGUAACGGAUUGCAGCCCGUACUUUGCAUUCUAAACAUGUCAACCACGUUCGAACUGGAGCUGCACAAUCGUCCAGAGUCCAUCGGCAAACGUCCACCAGUCUAAUUGAUGAUACGCAAAAUAAAGCUUCAUCGCACGGGCGGCAAAAUUAUGCUAAGGCCGUUCACAAGCACUGUUCCCUGUGUGACGCUAUGCAACACAAUGCCUGUCAUAACUGUGGCCAUGUCAGCGUGUGGCACACGACUGUUUACAAACGGCGGCAGAUUAUUUUCCUAAUCAACGAUUCGACCGCCGAUCGACAUCCGCCGCAGGUCAGCACUGAUUCGUCAGCGGCAUCAACCGGCAGACGGCAUGGGAUGGAUGGAUGUCCGGUAUACCAUCCCUAAAGGUCAGACGCGUAACAAUUAAAUCACUGUGAGGUUUUGUUGAACUAACAGGAGCAACAACAACACAAAAAAUACAGCAACGAAAAAAAAGGUGAUGCUGAACGCUAAAAGCCAACACCACAUCUGCCCGGAACAAUAUGUCGAAAGGUUAAUGGCGGCGCGAUUCGAUAGGCCGGGCCCCCUUCGCAAUAUGGCAACAGAUGGCGGGGGGGAAAACUGCCACACCACGCGCUAUCAGCUCGUAAAAUGCUACCCUCAUUGCGCAAUUUGCCAUUCGAAUGAUGUCACAAAGGAAUGUGUACUACCGUCCGUAUAGUACCGUGCAAGAACAUAGAAAACUGGGAAGAAAAUUAAUAAAUCGAAAGAAGAAUAAAGUAAAAGUUUGAAAUUUGUUUAAAAAAUAUAAAGCAAAUAAAGAAGAAAGUAAAACAACGAAAAAAAAAACAAAACACCAUUCGACUGUCACAAUUUAUUGUGUGAUCUCCCUAUAUCCUCUUCCGCUUCCUUUAUCUCUUUCUUUCUCUCUCUCUCUUUUCGUUCACCCGUUUGCAACAACUUCGGAUUGUUGUUGCCGCAAACGGAUCGAGAAUCUUCUAUACCUAAUGCUUAAUAUACCAUAUGCUUGUGUGUGUGAGUGUCUGUGAGUGUUUCGACGCGUGGCCAUCGUCGUCGUCCUGUUACUUACACUGAGGAUUUGCAAAUAAAGCUAUCCGCUUUAGCUACCAUUUUGUUUGAUUUCCACCUAUUCUAAUUCACUACAACGAUGUGUAAGUGCAUUUUUGUUGCACCUGGAGGGUAGUAAAGAGGGAGUUGGUGGUGGUGGUGGUAGAGUGCCUGACGGGGAGGAGUUUUGGUUUAAAUCGGUGCUGCACAAUACAACGGUGUCCACCAUAUUUUAUGGGAUUAAUUCUUAUGACACACGCACACACACUCACUCACCAUGCACGCAAGUCGCGUGUUUGUCGGUUUUGGAGUUUCUGUUCUAUCAAUAAUGAUUACAUCACACACACACCCUCUCGCGUUCGUCACAAUUGUUGCACUAUCGUUUACCUGCUUGAGAUACCGCCAUUGUUGCCUGUUUUAUCGCUGAAUAGUUCACUCACUCUUGUUGUUGUAUGGAUCCGGAUUACUAACAGCUCACCAAUACAAAAUGGCUUCCAUUUAACACGACAAACAUGCGACCAUUCGGCCUUCCCGGAGCAGCCAGAAAGAGUUGGCCUGGCAAAUUGCUUUACUUUAAAGAUACUUUUGAUCAUAGCUACCGUUGUGAUUAAUUUUUAGUGUUUUUUUUUGUUCUAGAACCGUUGCUUAGCUUAGCAUGCUUUGAGUCUUUGCACAGAAUGUGGUUUACUCUUUCGCUCUUUCUAUCUCUCUUCUCUUUGCUCUCUCAGUAACGCGCCGAGGAACAAUCGCAUUUAACAUGCAAAAUUAUCAAUUUUAAAUAAAUAAAUUAUAGAAAACACACUCAAACACACACGCAAAAAAAAAACGCCAACCUAUCAUACGUAAUUAUAAUUAAAACGAAUGCUUAAAUAAGAAAACACUGCACACGUCUUUAACACAGCAAAAAGAGGGCAAAA